AUGUGGCUGCGGGGUCAUCAGGUGGUCAUCGUCUGUGUUUUGCUGCAGGUGCCGGGAUGUUUCCCAUCAUGCCUCAUUAUGGGCUCUGUAGCAAACUGUGCCUCAAAGAACCUCCGCUCAGUUCCUCCCCUCCCUCCACACAUCACCCACCUCUACCUGGAGAUGAACCGCAUCGCUGAGAUCAACUCCACCUCCCUGUCCGGCCUGGAGGAGCUGCAGGAGCUGGACCUCGGACAACAGGUCGUACCUCUUGUGAUCAGGAACAACUCCUUCAUCGCACAACGACGUCUCAGGAAGCUGGAGCUCGGUUUCAACCUCGGCCUUCGACUGGAGCCUCUUGCUUUCGCAGGACUGUCCGGUUUGAAGGAUCUCCGUCUGUAUUACUGCUCACUCAAAGGGUCAAUACUUGAGAGGAACUUUUUGGAGCCACUGUCCUCCUUAGAGACUCUUGAUCUCUUUGGAAAUCAGAUAAAAAGACUCAAGCCUUCAAUGAUAUUUGCAAACAUGAAGAAUUUGAAAGUUUUGAAUCUCAAGUUGAAUCAAAUCAACCAAAUAUGUGAGUCUGAUCUGGUUGCUUUUAGGGGAAAGCACUUAGAAUAUCUGAAUUUGAACUCUGUUUAUCUGACCGCAAUGUCUACUAAAAGUUUCGACUGGAAGAAAUGUGGGAAUCCUUUUAGAGAAGUGUCCUUCAAGAUACUUGACUUGUCCAACAAUGUGUUUAGCAUUUCAAAAGCAAAGCAGUUUUUCAGAGCCAUUGAGGGGACUAAGAUCAGUCAUCUCAAACUUUCUGGACCAAUGGGUAGAGGACUGUCCUUCAACAAUUUCAAUGAUCCUGACGGAAACACAUUUGAAGGCCUGAGAAACAGUUCAAUCCGCAUUUUGGAUAUGUCAAAAAACAGGAUCUUUACAUUGCAACAGGGGGUUUUCGGUCCGCUGAAAGAGGUCGCAAUAAUCGAUGUUUCCCAAAACAAGGUGAACCAGAUCCAAAAAAAGGCCUUUGAAGGUCUUCAGGAACAUUUAACAAUGCUCAACCUGUCUCACAACCUGCUGGGGGAAAUCUACUCUCACACUUUUUCUUCCCUGACAAACAUGCAAGUGUUGGAUUUAUCUUACAAUCACAUUGGUGCUCUUGGUUAUGACUCAUUUAGAGGACUUCCAAAUUUGAAAAAACUACUUCUAACAGGAAACUCUUUGCGAAAUCUCGGCUUCCCUGCAUCUCUCCCAUGCUUAGAUUUGCUUCUGUUGAAUGAUAAUAAGUUGGAGCCCUCAUCUGUGAGCAGUAUCACACGCUUUGCCAGUAAUAUUAUAUAUCUGGACGUUCAGGACAACAGAUUGACAGAUCUGGGGGAUGUUUUCACCUUUCUGACCGAGCUCAGACGCCUCAAGGAACUCUACAGCGGAGGAAACAGAAUCAGAUUCUGCAUGCUCGGUAGAGUUUCAGCGAGUCGUUUGAGUAAUGUCACAAACCUGGAUCUUCACGGCAGCGCUUUGCAGUCUAUCUGGUCUCAGGGGAGAUGCUUGAAUCUGUUUGACAAUCUCCAACAUGUGCUUGGUCUUAAUUUGAGCUUCAACGCCCUGCAGUCUCUUCCUCAAGACGUUUUCAAGGGUCUUACCUCAAUGGUGGAGCUCGAUCUCUCAUCCAAUUCCUUGACUUACCUCCGAUCUGAUGUGUUUCCCAAAAGUCUCAAAAUUCUCCACCUGUCCGACAACUUCAUAGCCUCCCCAGACCCGGACGCUUUCCGUUUCCUCAGAUACCUCAACCUUGAAGCAAACCGCUUUCACUGCGAUCAAAACCUGAAGAACUUCCUGACCUGGCUGGGAGCGACAAACAUCACCUUCCUAAAUCCAGUUCAAGAGCUCAGGUGUGAAUUCCCUUCUGGUUUCUAUAAAGUUCCUCUGUUAGAGUAUUCUGUCCAGGUCGUGCAGCAGUAA